AUGGCACCUCUUUCGUUGAACCUUAAAGAUGAUAAGAAAUAUAAGGGCCUCACAACUGUGUGGUUACUUUCUACGUUGGGAAAUUCCAUUGUAAGAGAAAAUAAUAAUUUUUAUUCAAACAAAAGCAGCUCCACUGGAAAUAUAUCAGCAUCUACUGUCAAAAAAAAAGACAUUGUAAAUAUUUCCAUACCGAAAACAUGUGAUGAAAUUCAAAAUAUCGAAAAUAAUUUAUCUCUUAGAUACAUUUCCAACCUUUUAUAUGGAGUAACAAUUUGCUACAAUAAAAAAACUGAGUAUGUGUUAAAUGACCUGAAUCAUCUGCUUGUGCAGUUACAAAAAAAUGAUGUAUACGCUUUUAAGGCCAAAAAUAAGUCUACAAGAAUUAAUGGGUUGAAUAGUAACAAUAGUAUUAUCGGGAACAAAAACAAUAAUUACACCUGGGAAGAAUGCGUCUUCUUUGAUGACGAUCCCUUAUAUGAUAUUACUAAAGUUCCCGCAUUGGAGUUUCUUAAUUCCACUCUUCAAAAUAAUGUAUCUUUUAUUGAGGAGGCUAAAUCAAUAAGGAGGCAAGACUACAUAAAUGAGUUAAGCAAUUCUAAUAGGUUCGAGCUUCAUAGCGAUAUGACUAACUCAGACGUGCAAAAUAAGUUAGGACCUAAUGCUAGAAAUUCUUUUUCGUUGGACGAAAUUCCUAUUGAUGUGGACUUUAACUUGGACUUGGAUGAUAUAGUGAGUCAUCAAGGGACACCUUUAGGCUCCCAUUCAAGUUCUCAGAAGGAUGGUAAUGAUUUCAAAUUUAAUUAUGAAGGUGAUGAGUUAGUGCUAAACUUUGAGAACGAUAAUGAAAAUAACAGCAAUGAAGGAGAAGAAACAACAGUUAGAAAUGAAGGGCCGGCGGCUAAUCUCAAAGACUACGAACUGGGGUUAGAGGAGCAGGAAUCUGAAGAAGAAAAUAAUGAUGGCCAACAGAAAGCCAAUACCAGAAGCCAAAGGGGACAUCGUGCCGAUGUAGCUACCCAAUUGUCUAAGGUACAAUUUGAUGCCAAAACGAGUUACCCAAAUGAAGUUCUCAAGUUCAACCAUGAAAAUUACAGUCACUUGAUGGAAAAAAAUAGAAGUAGGAAACUAACUGGCCAAAAUUUCUUUAACUCUAAUAUAAAUACUUUGGUAAGAUCAUGUGCUGAGGAAGAGUUUAUUUCGACAACCUGGCUAAAUAUCUUUAACGACUUUUCCAAUUUGAAGACUGGUGAAUGGGAUUUAAAAGCUCAAGGUUUCAGCUCAGUUGAAAGAGGAAGAAAAAGAGCGCAUUCAUUGGUAUCAACCCAAAGCUCAAACAGUAUCAGAAGUAACGAAUAUGGUAGGAAAAGUUUUCGCAAUAACAAGAACGAUAAUUAUUCCUCCGAUAUGGAAAAUGAUAAUUUACUUUUAAAUCUUGAACAGAUCAAUGAAGAUCUAGAAGAUGAGCACUAUAUUGAAGAAAACUCUCAAGGUAACAUCCUAGACUUUAAUUUGAAUCUACCUCCUUCAAGUUUUGGAAGAAGUCAUACCAGAAACUCAACCAGGUCUAGUGGCUUCAAUGAAGAUAUAGUCGGUGCUCUCAGAAGAAGAGUCGGACCAUCUGAACAGAAUUUUGUUGAAGAGGGUGAUUCCAGCAACAAUUGUUUUUCUGGCAGCUCUCAGCAAAACUUGCAGCACGAAGAAAUAAACUUCCAAGAUGUCAUCCUGGAUUAUCAAACUAAGAAAUUCUACGAUUAUAUCAAAGAAAGAUCAAUUGUCAUUGGAAGAACAACACGCUCAAACCCACCCUUCAAGAGAAAGAUGCUGUUGGUUGACAUCAUCCCAAGUCGCAUGGGCGAAGCUCAAACUGGACCUAACCUUGAUAAUUUGGAAAGUGGCGUCAGCAGGCAAAUAGCCGCCAGUGCCUUCUUAUCUUUACUGAAUUUGGCUACGAAAGGGAUGGUCAGAUUGAAUGAAUAUCCUGUUUCAGAUGCGGCUACUGAAGAUCUCAAAUUGCGAAGAGAAGACGAAAUAAUUGUUUAUGCCUGA